AUGGAUUCCCUAUAUGAAAUCUUGGGAGACAGCCCUGGAAUUCUUUGUCUCUUCAAACAAGGCUAUCAUAUACGACAGCAAUAUGCCGACAGGGACAAUACUGAGACCCAAUCAAGUUGGGCUAGCUCAUUAAUCUGGGACAGAAACCGAAACACACAUGGAAGUAUGAAUCUGUGCCGCGUUCUCGCAGGCAUCGCACAUGAUGGGAAAGUGCUUCCUCUAACGGAUCAGAUGAUGACGCAGGAUCCUCGAUUAUGCAGAACAGCUGCAUCAUUCCCGGACGUCAUUCGACAUAUGAUAUUGAACUUGUAUGAUAUCACGUUGUCGUAUCAAGCGGAGACAGAUAGUCGCUAUUAUCAAAUCGACGCUUUCCGAUCUCAGUGGAAGGUACUGCACGGAAUAUUUUCUGACUCGGCUAACACUAAUUUUGUAAUUCGGGUGCUUCUGGAUGUUCAUGAUUACCGGAAUAGGGAGGUCUAUGAAACGACUGAGCUGCCACCAGUCUAUCGAAUACUACCUUCCAAUGCCAACCACACUUCAACGUGUUCGGACUGGCUUUUAUCGAGGCAUCUUCAACAGAAGUGCUCGGUUGGUUUUCUUUGGCUGUGA